AUGGCGGGACCCUUUCUGUUCAACUUUGCCGUCGAUGAAAUAAUGCGAAGAACAGUUGAGCAGUGUCCCGCCGAUGUCAUUUUAGUACCUUCCGCACAUCCCCUGGUGAAUCGCGAGUACGCCAACGAUGUUGUAAUGUUCGCUUCAAGCAGUGCGAAGUUGCAACAUGCCGUCAACCUCGUAUCGAAAUUAGCUGCAACCUACAGUUUGCGUCUCCGUCCUGAUCAAUGUAAGCAGAUGUGGGUCUCCGCAGGACUCUCAUCAGGAAUCAGCGUGAACGGACAACCAAUUGAACUCGUCAAUGAGUUCUGUUACCUGGGCUGUACGCAAAGAACACCGGCAGCUACGAGAGAGAUGUUCAGCAAAGAUGCACUAAGGUCACUUCUGCAUCUAACUCCUUAA